AGACUCGCGUAUCCCAUCAGCCCUGGCGCUCCGGGUGGAAGAAGGCGUGGAGGUGACUCUCUGGCCCGCAACGCCUCUACUCUGCUGUCCCGACUGACGUUGGGCAACAAAGAUGGCGGCGGGAACCAGCAAUUACUGGGAAGAUCUCAGGAAACAAGCUCGACAGCUGGAAAAUGAACUUGACCUGAAACUAGUUUCCUUCAGUAAACUGUGCACAAGUUACAGUCACAGCAGCGCCCGAGAUGGAGGACGCGAUAGGUAUAGUUCUGACACAACACCUCUAUUAAAUGGAUCAAGUCAAGAUAGAAUGUUUGAGACAAUGGCAAUUGAAAUUGAACAGCUUUUGGCAAGGCUUACAGGGGUAAAUGAUAAAAUGGCAGAAUACACCAACAGUGCAGGGGUCCCCUCAUUGAAUGCAGCCCUCAUGCACACGUUGCAGCGACAUAGGGACAUUCUACAGGAUUAUACACAUGAAUUCCAUAAAACCAAAGCAAACUUUAUGGCAAUUCGGGAACGGGAGAAUCUCAUGGGAUCAGUACGAAAAGAUAUUGAGUCAUAUAAAAGUGGGUCUGGAGUAAACAACAGGAGAACUGAACUGUUUUUAAAAGAACAUGACCACCUUCGAAACUCUGAUCGUUUGAUAGAAGAAACAAUAAGCAUUGCUAUGGCAACAAAAGAAAAUAUGACAUCACAGAGAGGAAUGCUCAAGUCAAUUCACAGCAAAAUGAACACUUUGGCCAACCGUUUUCCUGCUGUGAACAGCCUGAUCCAAAGGAUCAACCUUAGGAAGCGACGCGACUCGCUCAUCCUUGGAGGGGUCAUCGGCAUCUGUACCAUUCUGCUGCUGCUGUAUGCAUUCCACUGAAAGGACGGCCCCAGGACUCUGCCCACCGCCUUCAUGCCCUGAUAUGGAGUGGGGAAUGAGGAAGGAGAAAGACUACCCUGGCCAUGAGCCUGGCAGCCAGAUGAAUUCUAACCUGCACCAUGACUCGGACCUGGUCGGACUGAGCUGAAGCCACAGUUUUUCUGUGCUAUCUUUUCUAAUACACAUUACUCUGUUUUUAAUUUUAAAAACAACAAAAGGUUUUCAGUCGCUUGUGUCUCCCCAGGAGGUAAGCAAGCAGAAGCUGAGAAGCUGGGCUUCAGUGACUGGUGAAGCCUGAUGACCAGCUGGAGCUCCUCACAGUGCCAGGCUCCCCACAUCCAAAAGGUGGCUUUGCUUUCAGCCAUGAGAUUGGGUGUGAAUAAAAUAAUUCUUGUCCUUUUAUGUAACAUUUGUAAUGAGAAGUCAGCUGUCCUUUGCUGAUACUCGGUGAUCUAGAUUCUACUCUGUGUCCCUAACUCUUGGCAGUCAAGAAAGAUUCCAUUUUGCACCAAUUUUGUAAGAUACUGGUAGUCCAGCUUCAUCAUGUGUGAGGUUCUCUGAAAUGGAGAGCUCUUGUGAGCCCUGGGUCGACUGUACAGCUGGAAAUAUCAAGAAUGCAGGCUUUGCACUGAGGAGCUGGGCAUUGCUUAUUAGUUCUCCCAUUGGGUUAAUAUAUGCUUCUACAUGACAGACAAAUAGCCAGCGUCUAUCAUUGCCCCAAGUGGUCCCUCAUCAUGUGAAGAUUAAUACUAGGAACUGAGGGAGGGCACUGUGUUUCUCAGUGAGAUCUGCUCAUGAGCCACAUGUGAGAAGACAUUGAAGGGUGGCUUUCCAUGUCAUUGCAUUUGACAGUGCUCUGCAGCCUGGAACAGAGGCUUAAUUACUGUUGCCUGAUUUGAAGGAUGUGAGGACCUACUCAUUCCUCAUGUUAGGCUCUACACCCCCAGGCCAUGGUCCCACCACUGAAGGUGCCUGUAACUCUUAUCCACCUAUUUAUUGCUUGGACAGUGACAGAGUUCAAGUGCUUUUUGAGGUUAGCCAUUUCAUAGCAUCAGAACUUGAAAACUUGGCUUAUUGAGCUAGCAGAUAUUUAAAGACCUCUACCGUCUGUGCUCACCAAGGGAGAGAGAUGGCUGUUAGUCCCCACUGGAACGUCCUCUGGCACCACAGGCAAUGAGAGGGUAUUAGGGUGGAGCUCUUCGCCACCUCAUGGUGUGGGGAUGGUGCCCUGGGAGGACUUGAUAUACAUAUGCUCAUGGACAGACUGACAUUGGUCUGGGACUGACUGAGUGGUUUGUCUUCUGAUAUUGAAGUGUUAGUACAUUCUGGGUAUGAAAGGCAUUCAAUAUAUUUUUCUUAAUUAUGGGGUUUAUUUUUCUAAAUAUGGGUUAAUCAGCUUGUUGGGCAUGCCCUUAAAAGGAAUCUAAAUUUCCCACUGUGGACCUUAAAGAAUCAGGGACUUUUGUUUGUUAAAUUCUCUUUGGGAGAACAGAACUUCUCUGAUACUUUGUUAUCUUUGAUUUUUUUCAAAGGGCCUCGAUUGGUGGUUGUGCCUCAGCUAGACUUUAUGGGACUUUGGUUGUUAUACAGUGGGCAUAUAUAAAGCCUGAAGUAUGCUAAAUAAAGUUAUUUAUUUAAAUAUA